AUGUUUCAUCUUCGUCAUCUCAUCGGCGAAGAUGGGGUCAAUUGUAGCUAUAAAACGCCUACAAAUGGCAAAAACGCAAGCUUUGAAGUGUCACGAGAUCUGGGCGCUCUACUUCGCCAUUCCGUCUCGUUACCCACAAAGAGCUAUGUUCUGAAUAUCCCCUCAAAUGCCGAGUUUAUCGACGAAGAAAAUGAAGCCGAGAAACGCCUCCCCAACUCGACGUUCAAUGUGGAGAGAAAUUUGCAGAUCGUUGCCCCUCCAUCGAUUUUCGCCACUCAUGCAAUUGCUCGGGCAAUCGUUUCACGAUUCGCCCCUUUGUUGUCAUCAAAAGAAAACAACGAAGAGGCACAGCAACUCCAAUUGGACAAUCAACAAGAUGGGAAUGAUGAGAAAAAGCCGAAUUCCCAAAUCGUCUCGAUCAAUCUCCACUGUUUAUUCUCGGUUUUGUGGCAGUUGAGUCGACGAGAUCCCGAGCUAUGUGUACAGGCAAUGUCCUCACUUCUUUCAAUGCUUCAAUGUCUUCCACCCGAAUCUCUUUCAAAUGAGCCGAAAAGCGCGAUUCGAGAUAUGCACGAGACGCUGAAAAGGCUCCGGAUUGAAGGUUCAUCAGCGGUCUCCUCCUUAGCUUCAGCUUGUCUCUCAGCUUUAUCCAUUUCUUCUGCAUCACCCGAAUUUCUCUUCUCAACCACUGCAGCUUUUUUGUGCGAUAAUCUCACUGGGACAAUGAGUACAUCCGCCGAUUUGGAUUUAAUUCAAAUCCCCGAGAAUCAUCACCGUUUAGGGAUUUACAUUCAGAAUCGGAUCUUCAACGGAAACGAGACAGGGAUCGAUUGGUGUUCUCUUCCCUUGACAUCUUUGUGCGUUCUUUCCAAUUUCGAUAUGUCAACACUUCCAAUCGAAUUUUCUCCGACAACUCCCGACGAGGAUCGACGAUUGUUUUCCGCGUCGGCGAGUGAUGGCGCCUAUCUCUACGUUCUCACUUAUUUGGGCCUUUUCAAGAUGGGCACGGGUUUAGGGGAGACGGUGAUCGGGAAAUUGUACGCAUCAAAUACAAUGAUGAGGGCCAGUCGUAAUUGCGUGCUCUCUUUGUGUCAAUCGUCGCUUUAUUUGAGACGAGGGCAAUCGAGUCGAGUUUGGGUUCUGGACACGGGCACAUUGAGAGAAAUUGGAGAGAUCAUUCUCCCACCGGAAAGCACUCAAACAGCCAUUUUCACUGAUGGAGACAAUUUCUUUCAAGCAACCGUCGAUCAACACUCGACUUUAGUGAUCACUUCACUCAACGACAGUUUCGUUCCAUCAACCGAUCCGAAAGCUAAACAAAAAUACCGAUUGACGGAGGUUUCCUACUCAACUUUUGGAGAUAUCGAGGCGAUUCCGAAUGCUUUGCCCAACACUCUGCCGGCAACCUUGCAAAAUCAAGCCGUCGAUUUGCAUAUGGGAUCCGAUUGCGCUUUUUUGUUGGCAAGAAGCGGCAAAGUUUUUUACAGUGGCAAUGGGAUGAGACUCGGUUUACAGGAAACGGGCACCACUUGGAUGGAGCUUGUUUUACCUGAGCCCAUCGUUCAAUUAUGUGUUGGAAGUGAGUUGGUCCUUUUCCGCUCUGGUGGUGGCCAUAUUUGGAUGGCUGGUGGAGAAGAAAGAAAUCGACAACAAAAACACGGGAAAUUGAGGAGAAUUCAGACAUCAAAUAGACGUAAAACAAUCGGUAUCGCCGCUUGUGGUGCUUGUUUCGCGUAUGUGACUGAGAAUGGACGAGUCUAUGCAAUGGGAAGACACGGAAUGAGAACACAUCCUGAAACGGGACUUGUAGCCGGUUUGGAGGGUGUGCAUCUCGUUUCGAUCGCUUUGGGGAAAACGCAUGCGGCGGCGGUGAGUCGACACGGAUUUCUCUUCACAUGGGGACUCAAUAAUCUACAUCAAUGUGGACGAGUUGAGGCUUCUUCGACAAGCACUUCUCCAUUUUCGACACCCCAUCAACCGAUGAAAAGUGGGGGAAUAAAGCAGAAAAAACAAGAACAACAAGAGAAAGAUGAUCCGAAUGCUCCAUUGACAUCGAUUUGUCCACCAAAUGAGCAUCUCUUUGUGAAAGAUGUGGCCAGUGUUUGCAUUCAAUGUGCGCAAUGCUCUGCAAGAGGUGUCUCGUGUAAUCGAUCGAAUGCUGUGAAACCGGGCGAUUUGUGCCCGUGUGGGCCUGGGGAAACGGCUUGUCUACGCUGUGGCAUCUGUCGUUUGUGUGGCGAUGCGGAAGUGGGGAUCUCAAAUCCAGAGAAUCUUCAUCAAGAUGACACACACGGAACAUCACACAAAAUCAUCCUCGCGCCCGCGCGAGUACAGCUCGCAAAAACGGGUAUCGAUACAAAAGUGGCCAUGGUAUCGUGCGGAAACUUUCACACAAUCGUUCUCGGAGCCGAUCGUUCCGUGUACACUUUCGGAUCGAAUUGUCAUGGGCAAUUGGGUGUCGGAGAUACGAAAAGGCAUUUGGGGCCGUGCAGGAUCGAAUUACCCCAAUCAGUGCAAGUUGUGCAAGUCGGAGCCGGAUCGAAUCACUGCGUUUUGCGCACAUCCGAUGGCCAAGUUUGGACUUUUGGAGCACAUAAACAAGGGCAAUUGGGAAGAGAUUCAUCCGAUCCUUUGUGGCAUUGUCGACCGCAGGCUGUGCCUGGUUUUGGGCCACAAUCUGGAAUUUUGGCCACAUGGAUUGGUUGUGUGGGCGAUGUGACGAUCGUUCACUCGGCUCGCUCCCUUUUCACUCAUGAAAGUAUCCAAGAUGCGCAAAUUAUUGCGAAUAAGUCCUGUUUGUUCGUUUUUCCGAGAGAAGCUGGUAAAGAUUAUGUGGUGAUUCGACGAAGACAGCACACUUUUGCGCAUCAUCAACUGGGGCCAGUCGGGCUUUACACAUCCUGGUGCGUCGACCAAGAACACAGUGUUAUUUGGUCGUAUUCAGCAGCCGAAAUGCGAGUACAAGGUUUCAUCGAGGCAAAGGGACUCUCGGAGAGUGAAGCACAAAAGGAAAACGACGAUUUAUGUUUACUUCGAAACGCCGAAUAUUUCAAUCCGAGCGAGACAGAGUCGAAGUUGAGCUCCACACAGAUGGCUUUAAGUCUUCUCUCAUCAACAUAUGCAUUGAGCAUAAUGAGUCUGAAACCGAUCAAUCACAAGGAAGCAUCAAAUCUUUCCCGAAUCGAUUCCUCAACUCUUCUCCACGAGGGAUACUCGGUGAUCAAUCGAUUUGAAGGACACGGCGGUGGAUGGGGAUAUAGCGCUCAUUCGGUCGAAGCAAUUCAAUUCCGCGUGAGUCGUCAAAUUCGCUUGCUUGGUGUCGGGCUUUUUUGGUGGACGCGGGGAAUAUAUUGCAAAAAUUCGAAUCCAUCGUUUGAUCGGCAG